CUCUGCUUUGCCUUUAUAUAAAAUUUUUGAAUCUUUGUGCUUAGAAUUUUCCAGUUUUACGUUAUGAAUGUUCCGUAACUUGAUCAUUUUUCUAGCAAUUGUAUUAAUUCAUCAGACCUCACCUGCUGUUUUCGUCUUUCCAUUGUGUUUGGAAACUUUUUUUUCAAAAGUCCUUAUGAUCUUUUAAUGCUAACCUUACAAUUACUUGUCAAGUUAUCCAUCAUCAAAAGCCAAUGUUCUUGUUUUGGGCCAAUAGGAUUUUUGGACUUAAAUGGCUUGAAAUAACAAGAUUUUAAUUGUCAGUUUCUGAUGGAUGACUCGACAUUAAUCAGAAAGUAUUUAGCUUCGAAAUCAAGAACGUUGAUUUUCCAUAGAGGCUAUUACGAGUCAGUUGUAGCUUCCUAUGAUAAUAAUGUCACAUAAUUUAAACGAAUGGAACGGCGCGGCCGGAACAUCAAGCACAGAGGCGCUCAGAAUUGACAGAAACAAGAAUCUUCGAGAUAGUGAAGAUGCUGACCAACUCAAAAAAGACUUCUACAUCCGAAAAACUCGGCAAAACACCUGUCUCGUGGCUGCUGUGUUGAUUACCGUCCUUUCAGCCAUCGCUUGUCUUAUCUUAGUCAUCUUUCUUGUCAGAGAAGUAAAAAAGAAUCAUCGGUCGAACAUGGAGCCGACUAAAGCGCCUGGAGGCUCUAUGAGUCUAGAUCAACAUUGUUACACCUCGGACUGCUUGCAGGUUGCUGCUUCCUUGAAACGGAACAUGAACUCGUCUGUUGAUCCCUGUGAAAACUUUUAUGAACAUUCUUGUGCUUCUUGGAUCAGACUAAAUCCGAUUCCUCCCUCAAAAAUUUUGUAUGAUACUUUCAUUCAAGCUGAUGACGAGAACGCGAGGAAGCUUCGUGAAUUUAUGGAAGAAGUGGAUGAGCUUCCGGAACAAAGUGCUGUUAAGAAGACUAAACGUUACUUUCACUCCUGCGUUGAUGAGGAAGCAGUGGAACAGGCAACAAACACCAGUCUGACACCACACAUAUCCAAGUAUGGCUCUUGGCCCUUGGAUAAGAAAACGUGGAACGCCUCGGAGUGGGAAUGGUCUAAGGUUUUGCAAACAAUGAUCAGAGAUCUUACAGACACACCCCUCUUCAGCGUAGAAAUUGACAUCGAUCCUCAAAAUUCUUCUCAGCAUAUGAUAUUGAUAAUGCCUCCUUCUUUAAGUCUGAUUCGUGAGAAGUACCUAGCCCCGGAGAACAAGACACGAUUGGCUUAUCUGAAAUUCAUGACAAAAGUGGGAAAGCUUCUUGGCGGAGGAAACGACACAAGAGAUCAAAUGGCGGCGGUUAUGGAGCUAGAGACAAGGCUGGCAAACAUCACUCCACCGAGGAGCGUUUUAAUGCGUAAUUACCAUCGCAACAUGAACAUAUCAGAACUCGAACGACAAGCACCUGGUUUCAAUUUCAAGUGGUUAAACUACAUUAACGAUGUAUUAAAACCUUUCAACGUAUGGGUGAACAUCACUGACAACAUUCUCGUCCCAUCGCCAGAGUAUCUGAAGAGUUUGUCCUCUAUUGUUUAUGAGACAGAUAAGAGAAUCCUGUCGAAUUACAUGAUGUGGACGCUCGUGCGCUCUUCUGUUCCAUAUCUGUCACGUGAUUUCCGAGAAGCUAAACUGGAAUAUCAAAAGGAAGUAGAGGGAAAGAAAUCGGCCACGCCUCGAUGGUUGUACUGUGUGGAAGAAAUGAAUGGCUAUUACCAUGGGCUUACUUAUGCAUUGGGUUAUAUGUAUGUUACCGACGCCUUCGACACUGAAAUCAUACCAUUUAUACAAGAGAUGAUGUCAACUAUAAGGCAAACUUUUCGAGACGAGACAUCUCGCGACGAUUGGAUCGAUGAACAAACACGCCAAAAAAUAAUUGAAAAGGAAAAAGCAAUGAAAAACAAGGUUGGCUUUCCGAAGCUCUGUGCCAAUGAAACUUUACUGAACGAGUAUUACAAAGAUGUUAACGUUAGUCGCAGUAAUUAUUUUAGAAAUGCCUUGGAUGUGAUGAAAUGGCGAACACACUCUCAAUUUUCGAGACUCAAGACUCCAGUUGACAAAGAACAGUGGUUUGUCGGCCCACAGCUGGUCAACGCUUUUUACCUUCCUAAUAGAAACGAAAUAAACAUCCUGGCUGGAAUUCUGCAGCCUCCAUUUUAUUACGGACGAAAAGCACCCAGGGCAGUCAACUUUGGAGCAAUAGGAAUGGUUCUUGGUCAUGAGCUUUCACACGGGUUUGACGCAAUAGGGAGAUAUUUCAACGAAAAUGGAGAGAUAACAGGCGAUUGGUGGACUGCAGAUACUUCAAAAAAGUUCGAAGAGAAGUCAAAGUGUUUCGUCGAUCAAUACAACAAAUACUCUGUGGACGGCGAAAAUGGUCCAAUACAUAUUAAUGGAGAGCUCUCUCUGAGUGAAAACAUCGCCGACAAUGGAGGAAUCAGACUGGCUUACUGGGGAUACAAGGACUGGGUUAACAAAAAUGGUCCUGAACUUCGGCUGCCCGGCCUCAAUAUGACAAAUGAGCAGCUCUUGUUCGUUAGCUUCGCUCAGAUGUGGUGCAGUACAUUUACUCCGUCAGCUGCCUAUGAACUGGCAACAACAGACACUCAUACCCUGGCUAAUUACAGGGUUAUCGGUUCUCUUUCAAAUAUGAAAGAGUUCUCUGAUGUCUUCAAGUGCCCCUCAGAUAGCAGGAUGAAUCCUGAGAAGAAAUGUAAAAUAUGGUAAAACACUUAAAGGGACCUUUUUAAACUGAGAUCUCGACUCUUUUGAAAUGUCCCAAGACGGAACAAAUGUGGUCUGUAUUUCUUUCUCAGUGGAGGGUAUUUGCAAGAACUAAAAACUUCAUUACAGCUU